AUGCCAUCCAAGCGAAAGUCAAGCCGCCACGCGAAAUUAGAGCCUCAACCCAUCACAGACUAUGACACCGAUACCGUAAACCCAUCGGAUGCGGCACCUUCUCUGGAAGCCCCACCGGUGCGGACGAAUACAGAGCUCAACUUGACAGUCUUACGCCGCUAUAGUCCGGACCUUGAGCAUAUCUUGUCUAUUGCUCCAUUUGCCGUUCUGUACACCUUCUCCACGGAAUCUUCACAAUGGGAGAAAUGUGGCAUCGAGGGUACGCUGUUCGUAUGCCAGCUGGCCGGAACGGCGCGAUACAGUGCAAUCAUACUUAACCGCAAAAGCCUCGACAACUUUAUCACAGACUUGGUGAGCGCAGAUGAUGUGGAGAUCACAGCGGAGUAUGUCAUACUACAGGCUUUGAACUCAGAGGGUACACCACAGAUAUAUGGCAUUUGGAUCUUCGAAGAU